AUGGUCCUGUCGCCCCAACAGACAACCAAAGACUCUAGUGCUCAGCAUGCUAUUGUUAUUCGCGAUGCUGACGCCGUGGGACUUGACCUGGAGAGUCUUGCUGCAGGCCAGACUAAUGUUGAUGUUUCCACUUCACUUUCUACCCGCGCGAUUGUUGUGCUCCUAGCGGUGUUUUGGAUUACACUACUGGUUUCCGCUUCUGGUAUCCAGGAACAUACAUGGUUUCUUCUUGCUAUUGGCAGCAUCGGAACAGUUCAAAACAUCUUCGUUGCUGGCUCGCGCCGGGAUCCGUCAGCUUUUGGUCUACCCUUGAGUUAUGAAAAAGUCAUUGCUAGGACAAAGGUAAUGCACACGCUAUUUGCGGUGGAGGAAGCAUUUCCUGGGCUCGGUUUCAGUAUGCGCGAAACAUUCUUUCGAGGUGGUCAGAUUAAUGAGGAUGAAGUAGAAAAGUGGGAAGCAUGCAAACAACCAUUAAAGAUCGAGAAGGCAGCCAAGAAGGCAGCUAAGAAGAAAGCACAACAGGACUAG